CCUCUGGCGGGGCUUUCGCUGUAGGACAGCCCGGCGCCGGAAGGAGCCGCCCGCGGGGACGACCCAGUGAAUGGGGGCCCCUGGUGGCGGUGCUGCGGAACUGCAACGCCUGCUAGUCCCGAGCUGUCGCUUUGAAAUCGCCGAGACCGCUUCGAGACACCUCAGAUUCACCCACCCUGCUGCUGUACUGGCGGUUGUCACUGCGGCAGCUUCGAGCCCUCGCGAGGUGUUUUGACCCCGCCGGGCUGCCGUGUGUUUGUGUUGAUGGAGACGAAGAUGGCGGAUGAGCUGGAGCGAGUGCGGAUCUCCGCCGCGGAGCUGAGAGGGGGAGCGGCGCUCGGACGCAGCCGGGAGCACAGCCCCCGAGGCGGGGAGCCGACAGGGGGCUGCAUCGAGCGCCAACGAGGCGCCAUGCCAGCAAGCGUCUCCUCUACUGGGGGUUGUGGGGGUCCUUGUCAACCGCUGGCUUGCGACAGAGACCUCCGGCUUCAGCUCGUGGCCGCCGGUGCGUCCCCGAAGCCGGCGCGCAGAGUCCGCAAACCCGACCGGGAGAUCUACCAGCCCGGCGGGCGGAGGCUCCAGCAGCAGGCCGGUAAGGCCGCGGGUCCGAGCAAGGAACCUGCGACGGGAAAAGAACCAGGAGCCGACAGGACUCGGGUGCCGGGGAAGGACGUCCUGUCCAGGAAGGAGAGUCCGGCCAGCAGGGAGAGCAAGCAGGAGCCAGGGCGGCCCAAGGAUGCUCCGGCAAAGAGCAGGGACCCGGCGGGCGAGAGCCUGAGCGCGCGAACAGAGAGGCUGAGCCUUUCGGAGGGGGCGGAGGGGGAGGAGAGGAGGGGGAAGAGAGCAGGGAGCGAGGAGGGAGGGCGGAGGAAGAAGGCGGGGAGCGAGGGGAGGAGGGAGGGAGGUGGUGGAGCCAGAGAAGCAGAGGGAGAGGGAUGGAGAGGAAGGGAGGACGAAGGCCCCGCACGGCGGCACGCCUCCUCUCGCUCUUACUCCAGGUCAGACAAGCGGUGCCCCCGCCACCGCACCUGCAGCACCAGCUCCGCCAGCAGCGGGACCAGCCUGGACGGGGGGGGCGGCCGGCAGGCCCGGGACAGGGCUGCGGGAUCGGCCCCCGCCUCCGCGGGCCUGGGGGACAGGAGGGAGAGGGCGCGGGCGCUGGCGCGGGCGCGGCGGGACCUGUCCUCCACGGACUCCCUGGAGGAGGGCGGGCCGGGGAGCGGGGAGGAGUGGUGGAGAGCCCGGGAGAGGGACCGGGACGAUGGCGGGAGCGCGGAGAGGAGGCGCGGCGGGGGCAGGGGGCAGGGCGGGGCAGGCAGCGGGAGGAACACCGGCGGGGUGCUGAGAGUGUCCUUUGACCGCCCCGGCGGCUCCGCGGAGCUGUCGGAACAGCGGAAGCGAGAGGAGGCGGGACCCCGGGGCAGGGGUAGGGGCAUCCUGGUGCUCCCUGCCCACACUGACCUGAAUGCCCCAGCGGAGGUCGGGCCUCGUCUGCUGGGUGGGGGGCGAGGGGGUAGGGGCCGCGGCAGGGGGGGGGCCACCAGGAGGCUGUGGGAUCCCAACAACCCAGAUCAGAAGCCAGCCCUGCUGAAGACGCAGCAUCAGCACUUACAGCAGCAGCAGUUGCACUUCUUGGACACAGAUGAUGAGGUGGCAGGGAGCCCUCCUAUCCAGCAGGGGGAGCCCUUCCAGAGUUUCCGAGUUUCUCAGCAGGCUGCUGCAGCCUAUUACAAAUUCCAGAACUCCGACAACCCUUACUAUUACCAGUCGCCUCCCACAAGAUAUCCCUACCCCUACCACGUGCCGUACCAGAUGCCAGGCAUGAACGGAGUGUUCUCCUCACCUCCCGGUGUCCCCUAUUUCCCCGGAUACGGCCAGCCGGGGAGUCAGGGGUACCUGACCCCACUGACCCCCGAGGAGGCGGAGGUGCAGGUGCGGGGGCUGCAGCAGCAGGAGCUGGGGAAGCUGCUUCGCAUUGCAGACAGUCAGGAGCUGCAGCUCAGCAACCUGCUGUCCCGGGACCGGCUCAGCCCGGAGGGACUGGACAGGAUGACCCAGCUGAGGGCAGAGCUGCUCUUGCUGUACGAGCGCGUGAUUCUCAGCGACAUCGAGUUCUCGGACGCCCAGAACCUGGACCAGGUUCUGUGGAAGAAUGUCUUCUACCAGGUGAUAGAGAAGUUCCGUCAGCUGCUGAAGGACCCACCCAACGAGACCACGCCAAGGAUCAGAACCAUGCUGCUGACGCUGCUGGAUGAGGGGGCCGUGUUCUUCGAUGCGCUGCUGCAGAAGCUGCAGACAGUGUUUCAGUUCAAGCUGGAGGACUACAUGGAUGGCAUGGCCAUCCGCAGCCGCCCGCUGAGCAAGACAGUGAAAUACGCACUGAUCAGUGCCCAGAGAUGUAUGAUCUGCCUGGGAGACAUUGCCAGGUACCGCGAGCAGGCCAACGAUACCACAAAUUAUGGGAAGGCGCGCAGCUGGUACCUGAAGGCACAGCAGAUCGCCCCCAAAAAUGGACGCCCCUAUAACCAGCUGGCCCUCCUGGCUGUGUACACGAAGAGGAAGCUGGACGCAGUUUAUUACUACAUGCGCAGCCUGGCUGCCAGUAACCCCAUCCUGACGGCCAAGGAGAGUCUCAUGAGCCUGUUUGAGGAGACCAAGCGCAAGAUGGACCAGCUGAAGUGCCGGAACCAGCCGCAGGACUGGGAUUGGGCGGGAGGCAGCUCGGGCCCCCGGGGGUCCGGCGGGGGCCGCGGGGAGGACGCAGCGCGGGUGGAGAUCUGGUUGCGGCCGGGAGAGCAGAGGCAGCCCCGGGCCGGAAGCGAGUCCGGCAGAGAGUCGGAGCAGGACAGCGAGCUGGGGUCUCUGAGCGCCAGUGACUUGAAUAAGCGGUUCAUCCUCAGCUUCCUGCAUGCUCACGGAAAGCUGUUCACCAAAGUGGGGAUGGAGUCGUUCCCCGAGAUGGCGGCCCGGGUCCUUCAGGAGUUCCGCGUGCUGCUGCAGCACAGCCCCUCUCCCCUGGGCAGCACGCGCAUGCUGCAGAUCAUCACCAUCAACAUGUUCGCCGUGUACAACGCGCACAGCCGGGACCCCGGCGGCGAGGACUCGCGCUCGGCGCUGCAGGAGCAGACCACGGCGCUGGGCCUGGCCAUGUUCGCCCUGCUGGUGCGGCGCUGCACGGCGCUGCUGACGGAGACGCCAAGGGCGCCCCCCGGUGUCGACGAGAGUGACGGCGGGGAGGAGGAGGCGGCGGUGGCGAAGGUGUCCUCCUUCCCUCCGGACCUGCGGGAGCUGCUGCCCAGCGUGAAGGUGUGGUCCGACUGGAUGCUGGGGCAGCCGGAGCAGUGGAACCCCCCUCCGCCCAGCCUGCCGCUGCCCCACAGCUGUACCCCAGAUGUGUGGCAGUGCCUGGCGGAGCUGUGCAACGCGCUGGCCGCGGUGAGCCAGGGGGAGGUGCCGCUGUACAAGGACCCAGACGAGGAGCUGAGCCUGCUAGUGCUGGAGGAGGACCGCGUGCUUUCGGGGUUCGUCCCUCUCCUCGGGGCGCCCCAGGAACCCUGCUACGUCGACAGCGACUGCAACAAGGCGAUAGCGGCGGACUGCAAGAGGGUCACAGUGCUGAAGUAUUUCCUGGAAGCGCUGUGCGGACAAGAAGAACCUCUGCUGGCGUUCAAGGGUGGAAAGUAUGUGUCGAUGGCAGCCGUCCCACACACCAUGGGAAAGGAAACAGGAAGCCAUGAGGGAGAACAAGCAGACAAUCAGGUAGUGUGGAGCUGUCCCCCCCCUCUCUCCGUGGGGGUGCGGGUGCGGCGUGGGCAGUCAGCCCGGGUCAGGGGAAAGGGGCGACAUCCACAGAUGGGACCCCUGUCUCUCCAGCUGGCCUGUGACAUCACUGCUCUGGGGCAGGAAAUGGGGAGCAGCAACGUCAGCGUGGUGUCUGGGACUCUCUGCCCCCUCAGCUGGAGCUGGGUAGCACCGGACGCUGGGCGUUACUGGGGCAAGGGCUUUCCCACCCAGCCCGGCAGCGGCAGUGAGGACGACAUCAGGGAGCUGCGGGCACGGCGCCAGGCCCUGGCACAGAAACUGGCGCAGGAGCAGCGUCGCAGGGACAAGAUCCAGGAGUUGCUGCAGACCUGCCGGCAGCUGGAGAUCGAGAUCACGCCCCUCUUCCUCGUCCCCGACACCAACGGCUUCAUCGAUCACCUGGACGGACUGGCAUGCCUGAUGGCUUGUGGCAGCUACAUCCUGGUGGUGCCCCUCAUCGUGAUCACGGAGCUGGACGGGCUGGCGCGGGGCCAGGACACGGAGCGCCGCAGCGGCAGCCACGCGCGGCAGGUGCAGGAGCGCGCGCGGGCCGCCAUCUCCUUCCUGGAGCGCGCCUUCGUGGCGAGAGAGCCCUGUCUGCGCGCGCUAACCAGCCGCGGCAACGAGCUGGAGUCCAUCGCCUUCCGGAGCGAGGACACCUCCGGACAGCAGGGGAACAACGAUGACCUGAUCCUGUCCUGCUGUCUGCACUACUGCAAGGACAAGGCCAAGGACUUCAUGCCCACUCAGAAAGACGGGCCGGUCUGCUUGCGCCGAGAAGUGGUCCUGCUGACAGAUGACCGGAACCUGCGGGUGAAGGCGCUGACCCGGAACGUCCCGGUCCGCGACAUCCCUGCCUUCCUCAAGUGGGCCAAAGUGGGAUGAAACAAGAUCGAGCGGGCCGGAGCACCGCCUGGGAGAAGUUAACGAAAACGCAAAAGAAGAAUCUAAAAUAAAUAAAGCUUCCUCUGUACUCAACAUCAAAAGAUCAGAACACGUGAAUGAGAGAGAAAGAGAGAGGUAGGAGGGUGAAAGACGUAGAGGAAGGGGGGAAGAGAUACUGAAUUAUUUGUAGAAGGUGAGAAAGAGAAGAGGUUUAGCCAGGAGGAAAUGUUUGAGAAGGGCGUUUAGUCUCAGAAUUGCCAAAGUUUGGUCUUUCAGGGACAAACUGCAUUUUAGCUGAGGAAGGGGGCUCACACUCAGCCAGGCUGGUGGUGUGAUGAGGAUGAGGGAGAUGAAGGCUAGUCCGGGGCACCAUAGCCACAGGACACAGGCUCUGACCAGCCACGGGACUGGCCAGAGAGAGGGAGUGCUGAGGGGAGGUGUUCUGUGGCUGACGUUACUUUUUGGGAAGAUAGUGGAGAGGGACAGGGCAGACUGUCUGCUACUGUCUGUCAGUGAAAGCGUUUUUUAUCGGCUAGAUAGAUUUGGUGGCUCGAACUUUAUUUGUCUCUUUUUAUUUUGCUUUUCGUUUGUUAGAUUUUCUUUUGUUUCCUGCCGAUUGACAUUGCGCGUGCCUGCUGCCUUGUGAGGCUGGGAGGAGUCCUGGCCAGGAGGCCCCACUGAGGGACAGCUGUCCUUGCAGCCACACCCAGUCAGCCCCUCGGAGACAGAGGGGUCGGGCUCGCGGUGGGGCCAGCCUGCCUGGCUCAGAGGGGCUCUUUUGCGUAGAAAAAAUCACCCACUACAUUUCUUUACCGAAUCCCGUUUCAGUAGGUCAGUUUCGUUCGGACGGUAACCUCACCCGCCUGGGGUUAUUUUUCAAAGCGAACGUGUGAGAGAGGUUUAGGACACCCCAAGCGUGUCGCCAUUCAGGCCACCCCAGCAUUAUCGGGCCGGGAGGUCUGCCUAGCAUUGCGUCACAAGCAUGCGCAGAUUCGCUCCAGCCACUCGGCUGGCUCAGGUCGGUAUCUGCGCUGUUUCGUUUGAAGUGCUGCAGAUUUUAGUGAUUAAGAAACACAAAGCCCUGACUCCAGGAGAGGGCAGGACUUGCUCCUGGCAAGACCUCGUCACUCCCUUGUGGUGAUGUCACCCCCUUGCUUACACAGCCUGUAGGAAGUUCGUGAUCUACUUCCCAUUUCAGAAAAGAGUGAUGUCGCUCAGGGUGACCAUCCAUCGCUCUGUGCACACCUUUCACGGACCGGGCAUGUUUCUGUUUCUUAAUACCUGCAGAGUUCAAAAAAGCAAACAACCAGCAUGGGAUCUCAUUGCUGAUGAGGAAAUAGAGGACAUAGUGUUCAGAUCUGAAGGUUAAUUUGAAUUAUUCGUCAGUAGACCUUGGGUGAAGACAAUUCCGUACGAAUAUCAAAGUCUUGUAGAAAUCGGGAGACAGCAUUAGGUACAGACCCUUUUCAAAAUAUAGUAAUGAGCAGAAACACAGCCUCUGGUCUGUAUGGGCUCCUCUGUCGUGUUUGCACUUCAUAUUGGGGCAGUUGCAGGUCAGGAGAGUGAGGUGACAGUGCAGAGUAGCUCCGAGCGCAGGGCUAGUCAGGCCAGGGGACUGCUCGAAGAGGGACAGCUCUGAAGAGACGGCCCUGGCCCUGUGGGACCUCCUGUCCAGCGAGGGUGGGAUGGCGAGUGAGAGAGCCACCCGCCUUUGUGCCAGCGCCUUCUUGCCUCGCUCAGGAGCCGUGCCGCCACAGAGCGGGCUGCCCCCACGUCCGUGCAGUGUCGUGGGGUUCUGGGUCUCCAGUGCACUCGGCCCAGAGCAGAACAGGACUCGGGACUCCUACUGGACAAUAUGGUACUUCUGUCCCUUUUUCUGAGUCGCAGUGGGCCAUGAGGGACUGAUAACAGCCCCACAGCAGGGGCUGUCGGACUGCUGAGGAGGUGGACCGCCACCCAGGAGGUGGAAUUCAGCAGACUGCAGUUUUCCCAACGUCUCGAUCCUGAGAUCCUCUCCAACUUCCCGGCUCUGAUGGCUGUGUCCGAGCUGCGCCUCGUCACCGGAAUAAUCCAGCCGCUGCCUGGGAUGGGGGGCCACUGCAUGUCCCCCUGAACUUUUCUGACAUUCACCUUGGCUUCCACUUCUGUGUUUCCAGCUUUGAAACUCGCAGUGAUGUGUGGACUGUGGCUUUUUUUUUUUUGGAGUGGGGAAUCUUGUUUUUUUUUUUUGUUUGUAUUGCAUUUCUGUUCUGGAUUUGUGAAGGGCUUGUGGCAGGAGGAAGAUCCCCUGGUUGCUGGUUAGCUGUUGGCAGUGCGACAAGCCUGGGUAUAUAGUGAAAUGAAGACUGGGUGACAGGGAGGCCUAGCUAGACAGGCAGCACUGAGGCAGGCCCUCCAGUUGACAAAGAGUCUAAACUGAUAGCGGCAUCAUCCACCACCCCUCGUUUGUGUGAGAGUGUGCCUUUCUGGGGAGCAUGGCCGCCCUGCCGUUGAUCAACAGGGAGGACGGUCUGAACAGGGCCGCUGGCUGAGCUGGAGAGCGGGGAGACUUCCUGCGUGCUGAGCUCUCUGGGCACUCUGUGGUGCUCUGUCACAGCUAGUAUAAUGGCGCUAAUUCAUGGCCACCCUGACUUGACCCCUCUCCUGCCCUGCAAGACUGGCCGCGCAGUCGGGAGGCAGACCCCCCCCUCACCCUCACUCUGGAGGGUUCAGUGCCCUCGGUCGCAGCCACAGGAACAAAGCAUGCCCUUAUCUGCCUCUCUCCCCAGAUACCCAGAGCCAUCGUCGAAGAGCAUUUCCGCCAAGUGUGCCACACAUUUUUCACAAAAGGAAUCUUCUAACAUUGCAAGGUCAAAUAGAAAGCGCAGUCUUACAGUGACUCCUUACAGCUUUGUCUGGAUUUUUUCUAAGCAGCUAAAAACGCACAGGUUUCACGCCAAGUGUUUCAGAGUUUGUUAAGUACCGGGCAGUUGCAGGCGUUCAGUCUGUGCAGAGUAGAGGUGUCAGCGUGUUUUGUCCACCUACCUCUCUGCCCGCCUGUCUCACUGCCUGCCUCCCCACCAUUACAUCUCUGCAGGCACCUCUGCUCCCCGACACUGGAUACCCAAGACCUUUGGCAUUUGCUGGUCGUCCGUGUUUGCUGAGUGGCAGCAGGGCAGCGCGCCAGGUGGGUCAGGGAGGGCAGAGGCUCUGCUUUUUCUGAAAUGGUCAGCAGUGUAGCUGGGCACAGCCUACCACCCUCGUGCCUCCCUGCCUGGCUGCCUGCCUAAGCCCAGCCCCUUCUCACUGGGCCCACGGGCAGGCAGACGUGACGAGAGGCUGGCAAAGAGUCGUGCUUCUGCUCAUCCUGAUACAUACCAGCGCGUGUGCUAAUGGCUGACAGAUAAUUGCAGGUUAUCUAAUUGUAGCUCAGAGGGAGCUGUAAGAGUCCAGGACGAUGUGACGCUGUAGCCAGCGGGCCCUGGCUGAGGUGGGAUGGGUGGUGCUGGAAUCCUGAUCUGGUCCGAUCCAGCACCAUGCUGGGAGCUUAUCCUGCUGUGGGAUUCUGUGAAGUUCUGUCGUGUGCAUUGCAUCACCCUGCCUCAGUUUUUAACAAAAACCCUUGAUUUUAGUAAUGGCUCUAUGUAGUUUUAAAUACUGGUUUCCCUUCUGUUGGAGGUUUUCUUUUAAAUCCUGUAAAGUAGAUUUGGUUCUGUGCAUGUGAGAUGUCCUGAGGUGUCCUGUGUGUGUUUCUUUAUGGCCCCUCUGCAUUGUGAAGUUAUGUUUCCACAUAGUGUGUCUGCAUGGAGUGUGAGAGGAUGCAUCUUUCUGUGUAGUGUAAAUGUGUAUCCGUGGUGCGAGUGUGAAGUUGCUGCGUGGUGUGUGUAUCUUUGGUGUGAUAGUGAAGUUGCAUUUUGCGUGUGUUUUCUUGUUGUAUGUAUCUGUGGUGCGAGUGUGAAGUUGCUGCGUGGUGUGUAUAUCUGUGGUGUGAAGUUGUGUUUUGUGUGUGUGGGUGAUUUGUGUAUCUGUGGUG